GCAGUCCGACGCCGGCCGUCGCUGCGAGCGGAUAUGUCGUCGCUGUCGUCUGUUCGUCUUCCGUUCGCCGCCAAGAUAAACGAGCAAGUCGGGAGCGCGCUGUCGCAGCGGAUAUAAACCCUCCGGACGAGAGGGAACGAACCAUUCUCCGGCUUCAUCGUCAUCUUCGUCUCCUUCGAGUCAGAUGAUCGCAACCACGACGAGCGACGAUAGUGACAACGGCCGGCGCUAACGACCAUCUCUGGCCGCGGCCGCAGGAGAUCGAGAGCGCUCGGAACCCCGAAGGAUGGCGAGAACGCGGCUCCCCGCAGUGGAGCAACCCCUCGCGCGUUUCACGCGCGCGCUUCGCCCGUGGUGAUCGUCACGAGUGAGAGAAUCGCGCGCGCGCGGCGUCGUCGAAGUGCGUUCGAAGUGCCGCCGGCGCGGCCGCGAUCGAGAGUAUCGCGCGAUCGAUACCGAGCGCUCGUGGCGCGAUCUGGCGUAACGGCAGGUCCCUUCCGCGCGAACUUCGCGUCGGUCUUUUCGCGGACGAAGCGAUGUGGCGGCUGGCUCCUCUGCGGUGAGCUCUCUCCUCUUCUUCUCUUCCUCCGUCGCAGAUAAUAAAGCGCGCCCGUGCCCGUGGGACAAUAUCGAGACGUAAUUAAUCUCCGCUCGCUCUAUUCUAUUAUGUAACGCCAGUCGCCUGCUUCGCGACACGCGCGCGCGCUUGUCGAGCGCACCUUCGAGCGAUCGGCGAGCGAGGGUUCCUAACCGCAUCGGGUGUGCGCGGCCAAACGACAAACGGUCGCCUCGUCGACGUAGUCGUUGCUGUCGUAUCACGGGUGCCGCGUCGACGCCGCGGAGCCGCGGUCACGGCGAGUCCGCGACCGGAGAGUAACGAUCAAUAGAUCGAUUUUCGCGGCCGCGUCUCGGAUAGCGGCGGCUAGACCGCGGAUUGAUCGGCCGCGUCGGAUUUCCACGAGGACACGUCUGCGCGCCGCUGCGACCGGUGUAACCGGAGCCAAAACUAUACGCUAAUUCCGAAAGUGCGAAGUUACACGCCGCUAUCCCAGGGAACAGGAGUAACGCGCGGACGUUUCACGCUGUCGCGGCUCAUCGGACAGCCGCUGACAAUUAGCGCGCGCAAAGUGCACGUCGCGUCGGCGUCGACUCCGCCGAGAGAUAGGUUAAUCUUUCCUCUCGCUCACUUUCUCUCUCUCUCCCUCUCUCGCAAUCGCCAAUUCUAGUCGCCGACGUGAAACUCCGUGCCGCGGAUUCUCGGUGAUCCGCUCGGAACGCGAUCCGCGCGUCAAGUGCGUUUCUCUCGUCGACGAAAACUCUUUUGAAUCGCGUCUCGACGUUCGCUCGCCGAGGGAAGUGCACCGCCGGAGCCGCGCAGAUGCGCACCGCCGGGUCGACCGGCGAUCCCCGCUGAAGGCGUCUUCGUCGGCGAAGGACCGCGAGAGCGAGGUGCUCGUCGGGGGAAACUUCGGCCAUGGGAACUCCUCAGAAAAGCACACAGCGACGCAGCACGCGGGGAUUCGAAGGGACGAGAGCGAGAGGACAAGUCGGAGAACGAAAGGGAGAAAGAGGAGCCGUUCGCCGUCGCGAGCCAUAUCUGCUAGAGUUUGCGGCCACGCGAUAGCUGCGGUUACCGGGACGCAGUUUCGACGGACGCCGAUGCCGCACCGGAGGAUCCGGUUCAGGCCUAGCGGAGUCAGCUUGGAGAUCCGCAACAGAACGCGGCUGACUCUGUCUGCUGUGUAUCGACGCUGCCGCACGGGGAUGGAAUGAACGCGAGGACGGGAUAAGCCGCAUGGGAAGCGCGUGCUCGUGGAAUGUAUCACUCGCGUCGCGAGAGGACCUUCUCCUCCUCCUCCUCCUUCUCACCCUCCGCCUCCUAGGAAAGCCGCUGUGCUCACGGCCAGUUCGAUCGAAAUAAUGCGAUCGAAGCGCAUCAGGAGGCAGGCUCUCUUCAGGUUGCUCCGAUACAGACAGUGCGCCAAGUGCCGGAAGAUAACUUAGCGCAACGGGGAGUGCUCGGGCCGAUAAGUCGGCGAAGGACGACCGACGGGAGAAACAGAGACAGAGAGACGGAGAGACAGAGAGACAGAGAGAGAGAGAGAGAGAGAGAGAGAGAGAGAGAGAGAGAGAGAGAGAAAGAGAGAGAGAGAGAGAAAGAACGACGAAAGUAGAGCACGAGAGGUGCGCGCGAGCAGCACGAGAGACUGAUCGCGAUCGAGCGCGAAUCUCACCCCCACUGGCUGUGAUUUUUAUUCCUAGACACCGAUUCUAGAGGCUCCCUCGAUUCGCGUGCGAAUCGUUAAGACUGAUCACGUUUAGACUUUCUCACCGACGUCGCGCAGCAUCGCGCCGAGCAGCCAGUGCGCUCAGGCCAACGUAAUCGAACCGAAGGAUCGCGAUCGUCCUUCGCGUCCCCGAUACUUCGUUUCUCCUUCUGCUCGUCUUCGCUCGUCUUCGACGACGUCAGCUGUACGCACACGCAUCCAGAGACCACCGCAUCGUCGACGAUCCAUCAGAGCUUCCCGUCGCAACAACGCCGACACCCCGUUAUCGUCUCCCGUCUCGCAUGCCCUUAUUAGCGUGGCCGUAGGGCGCAAAGGUCGCAAAGGUCGCGCGACCGCGAGGAUACCUCCCCUUGCUCGUGGGGAAUCGACUCGGCGGGAUGAGCACACGCCAGACACGGAAGCGCAUCGUGUUCUAACGAGCGCAAGGACGACGGAACACGAGCCUCGUUAAACCGGAGGAACAACACACUCGCCGCGGCCGGUCGCGAUUAGCUCGCCGAGGUGGAGCGCGCAGGUGCCGGUAAGGUCACGCGACUCGAAGUCUCCUCGACACCGAUUCUUGAUUGCUCGGCAGCGGAAUUGUUCUAUCCCUAUCUCCCUCUGUCUCUCUCUCUCUCUCUCUCUCUCUUUCUCUUCCCCCCCCUCCUCUCUCUCUCUCUCAAUCUCUAUCUCGUGAUCGCACUAGCGCAAUAGAGCAUCCCAGGAUCUCGCGAGGGUGUUCGCGUUCGUGUCGCCGAGGUCGCUGAAAACUUGCUUCGUGCCAGACGAGGGAGACGUUAUUUGGAGGCUUGCCGAGCUCCGACGAGAAGAAUCGUGACACUGAAGAAGCGGGCUCGAGUGGCACUCGGAUCGUCCCGAUAGUUGGAGCGAGCCGAGCUGGUCCGCCCGGCGAAAAAUUGUUUCGCCGCAUCGGCAGAAAGAGGAUCGGCCGGCUCGUUAUAAGGCCAUCCGGCGUCUUCGCGAGGGUACUCGCGGAACUUCGAGCUCCGUAAUAUCCGGCCUGCGGGGGGAUAAUAAUAAUAAUAAUUGAGGAAGAGUCACAAUUAGAGAGCAUUUUAAACGUUUGAAUCGGAGAGGAGUGGAGAGAGGAUCGACCGGCGGAAAAGUCGAAGAAGAGGCAAUUAAGAAGCGGAGGAGCCGCCGAGGUGGCGGCGGCGGCGGCGGCGGCGGGCUGAUUGGUCGAAAUAUGAAAAGGCGGAAUUCGAGCGGAUGAGUCAAGCCGGCUCGGCGCGUCGGGGAGAUAUAUAAAAGGAAAGGCGAAUUAGGUCGAAACCGGGAUUUUCCGUCCGGGUGUUCUUGCGGAAAUAUACUUGCGGAAAUAUAUAUUCUACUCCGAGAGGAAACACGGCGAAUUUUCGGCGACAACCGGCGCCGCAGUCGCGCCGGUAAUUAGCGCGAUUAUAUGGAAAUCCAGUUGCAGCACCCGUGCAUCGAGGGAGCAUCCUCUCUUGCUGAAGGGGUUGAAAAGGUUGAAAGGGUUGAAUUCGGCGUGACAGGGUAGACAGACGUCGGAGGUGUUCCGUCGACUCGACACCGAGUGUGUGCGAGGCGAGGGUGAGAAUCUCCACGAUAGAGGAAUUAAGGCGCUCCGGAAAUAAUCGUAUCGGGGAAACUCGCUCCGAUCGUUUCCGCGAUACGAAAGGGCCGAUAAAAACGGGGAAAAUUCUCGGCAAUAUUAGUGUCGCGCUUCGACGGUCUGACCGGCCGGAUUUCCGGCACGCGGAAGAACGAACGGCCGUGACGACUUGGGAUCGACUCAUCGGGGAUUCAUUCGGCGCGUCGCGGAAGCCGAGGAAUAAAUCGCGACUCCGGUUGAAGGUGGAUUGUUGGAAAUUCAUUUGGCAUAUCAGAUUAGCGCGCGCAGCAGAAGGAGAGAUCUCGGCGGGAGCACCGAGGGAGUAGUGAGGUCGCGGGGAAUAAUUGAAAAUUCAUGUAGCGAGCUCGUGUAAGUGGAAGUGCGGAGGAAAAGUAAUCGGUUCGUCGGAUAUUAAUCGACCGCUCGUCGAGGAAGGAAGGACAAAAAGAAGUAGGAAGGAGUGGAAAUCGCGAGAAAAGGGAGAAUUCGCAAUUUCGGGAGACUCGGUCAGGCGAACGAGAGAUUCGCGAGAACGUGAGUUGCGGGAAACGGCGGGACGGCGGGAGAACGUCUCGUUCAAUCCGCAAGGAAAGGAGCGCAAGGAGAGAAGGAAGUACCGGAACUAAACGAUUCCGACAUCGUCGGUCAUCGGGCUGGAGGAGAUCAAAUUUUGCGCACGCAGUUUCGCGCGGGAAUAAACGAGCCAAGACACGAGCCCGGGAGAUAUCGAGACUCCUCGGCGGCAAAUAAAACGCCCGCGCACGUACCUGCGUGCGAGGGAAAGAGCCGGCGAGCGGAAUAAGGGAGGAGUGAGAGAAAGAGAAGGAGGUCGGUCGUUUCCAUCGAGUGGCUCCGGAAUUCCCGGUAUUUUCGGUAUAUCGAAACUAGCCCUCCUACGGCGCGACGCAGCGCGGCUGUAUUUUCGACGUGGCAACAAUCGUACGAUAAAGAUCGCGGCCAACUGCGCCGAAAACUCAAUUCCCGCCGUUCUAGGUGGGACGUGAUCGUACUUGGAGGAAGUCGCCGAAAACGAAGACGGCCCGGCCAUCGGCGCCGCCGCGACUGCUCCUCUCGCCCGGUCAUACGAGGGUCAGGAGAGGCCACGUGAGAGGGUGAGAGAAGGUGCAGAGGAAGCGAUUGCAAUUUCCAGCCGGCCACGUAACAGUAAAUUCAUUGCGCCGGUAGCGUAAUCCUGAGGGACGAGCGCGCGCGCGCGCGCGUAGGGCGUCCUGAAUCGAGAUUUCGAGACUUAAGACGGAUACAAGCGCGAGUCCGAGCUCCGAGCCGCUCCGUUUGUUAAGGACAGCACGUAUACACGCGGACUUGGUCGUUUCUCCAAUCGCCGAUACGAUCCCGACGAGAACGAACGGCCGAGCGGGAACAAAUGGAGGGACCAUCCAUUCGUGCCGAGGACCGCCGCAUCUUCGUCCCGUUCGUAUCCUUCCGCUGCGCCGCUCGACGCUGGGAAACGACGGAGUAAACUUCACCGCGAAGGGUGGUCAAGAGGACGAGAAACAGGGCGGGGGAGGAGGGUCCAUUGACGAGGAGGACUUUCUCGCGGAGUAAAAGUUGGCUGGGUUUCACCGAAACGAGAAUAACUUUGAUCCUUUCUCUCUUGCAACAGCGUGGUGGACUUCCUCGCGUGGCUAUCAAUUAUCGAACGACGAAACGCGAACUCGAUUCGCACAUCUUUUUAAAUAUUCGCGGUCGAGAAACCGCUUGCACGUGUUUAUCGUAUAACGGAGGUACUUUCGACGCUCAAAAAAAGGCGACAGACGGGGAAUAAGGGAUUUUCAUCGGACGAAGGAUCGUGUGAGGUAUUCGACAGUGCGUGGGAGGCGGGCUCGUCUCGUGAAGCAGCCGAGUGAGCGACAGGGAUCGCUCCGAUAUCGUUCGUACGUCACGAGAGGGUUGGAAAAUUCAGACGGAGAAGCGGCUUUCAUUCGUCGCGGCGGUUGCGAUUCGCAAUACUGUAAUCUGCCCCGUGCGAGUCCGACAGCGUGCGUGUGUGUAUGUGUGUGUGUGCGUGCGUGCGUGCGUGUGUGUGUGUAUGUGUGUGUGUAUUUAAAUGUGAAAAUCUCGUUUCUUCCCCCUCUGGCCCGACGACGUUCCGAUAAGAAGAUCGCGCGUCCUUAAGUAGCUGCAACGAGCACGCGAAAGCCGGGGAAUUUAUUCGACGAGAAGCGGGAGAUCGAGAGCGUUCGGGGAAACUAUAGCAGCCCAUCCCCCUCAUUAUUACUCGGAGAGAUAAGCAAAGAACGACGAAAUUCCGCGGAGAAGAGUACGAAUCUCAUCGAUUCCAAAAGAGUUUCUCUCACAGAGAAAUUUCGCACAUCUCUCUCCCUCUCUCCUUCUCUCUCUCUCUCUCUCUCUCUCUCUCUCUCUCGAACGAACGAACGAGCGAACGAGCGAACGAGCGAACGAACGAGGGUGAGAUCGUGAAGCAUCGUCAAGGCUUCGCGAAAUCGUCGUCGAUCUGUAUACCAAGAAGAGGUCGCCCACGAUUUUCCGACCACCGGUGUUUACCUCAAGGACGUUUCCGACACAACAACAAUCUGCUGAGAUCGCGCGCGCGAUCCCAGGAAAAAAAAGACUUUGCAAUCAAACUGGGAGCAGGCGGACAGCUAACAUUAAGAAUAUAGAUUAGACAAAUUUUUAAUCAAUCAUUCGUCGGUUAGCCGUGAGGAAGCCGAGCACUCCAUGACGCGUCGCCAUCGCGUCCCUCCGAGGACGAGAGCUUUAUCGGCGGGGCAGCGGUAGAUUAAAUCACGAAGGAAAGUCCCGCUCCUCGGGAACGAGAACUCCAACAAACCACGAGCUUCUCCGAGUCCCAACCCCACGACUCGUCCUUCGGCCGAGCCGAAGGUCCUCGCGCGCCAUUGUACUCGCCGUACGGUAUUUCUCGCGGGAGAACCAGUGUCGAUAAGUGACGACGAGUGUGUGCCAUCAGACUUGUCGACGCGAAACCGCAUGGAAGAACUUGGAGCCGCGCGUGAUGGCGGUUCGAGAUGUCCCGCGCGCUCCUUCGAGUUCCUCGCCGUCGGCCUCGUCGUCCUCGACAUCGUACACGACAUUCUCCGGAAUUCCUCGACAGGAUAGCAUGGGCGCACCCGAGGACCGCGACAGUUAAAUAUGCGAGAACUGAACGCCACCGCAUGCGCUGCUUUGUACGACGGCGUCGAGUGGUCAAGCGUGUGGAACCUGGUUACUCUAGUCGUCCUGGUGUUCGUGGCUGUCAUGGUGAUAGUCGGUAACGUCUUGGUCAUACUGGCCGUCUGCUACACCAGCAAGCUGAGGAACGUGACGAAUAUGUUCAUCGUCAGCCUGGCCGUGGCCGACCUCAUGGUCGGCACCGCCGUCCUGCCAUUCAGCGCUGCCUGGGAGGUUUUCAAGGUUUGGAUAUUCGGAGAUUUCUGGUGCUCCGUGUGGCUGGCGGUCGACGUUUGGAUGUGUACCGCGUCGAUAUUGAAUUUAUGCGCCAUCAGCUUAGAUAGAUACUUGGCUGUGACCAGGCCGGUCAGUUAUCCUCAGCUUAUGUCGACGAAGAGGGCCAGGCUGCUGGUGGCGGCCGUUUGGGUCUUGAGCUUCGUCAUCUGCUUCCCGCCUCUGGUGGGCUGGAAAGACAAACGGUCGCAUCCCGCGUACAACGUGACGUUCCCGCUGUAUGGCCCGUCCAACACCACCACUAUACUCGUGCCGGUCAAGCCAUGCCCGUGGAUCUGUGAGUUGACCAACGACGCCGGCUACGUCGUCUACAGCGCCCUGGGCUCCUUCUACAUACCAAUGCUGGUGAUGAUGUUUUUUUAUUGGCGGAUCUACAACGCCGCGGUAUCCACCACGAAGGCGAUUAAUCAGGGCUUUCGGACAACAAAGGCCUCGAAAAUGCUCGGCACCAGGUGCAGGUUCGACGAACAAAGACUGACCUUAAGAAUACACCGCGGCCGCGGUAGCCUCCAAAACGGAAGCAAUAACGGUAGCAGCUCGAGAAGCCCGGACUCGAGCAGCCGCUGCUCCGUCAAACGGGAGAAGAUCAAGAUUUCGGUUUCCUACCCCAGCUCCGAGACGCUCAACACCAAGUGCAACACCCUCGAGAGAACGCCGUCGAAGUGCUCGCAAAUCUCGGUGCAUUACAGCAACGGCCAGACGCAGACGCAGCUUUGUCCGGUCUCGCGCAACACGCAUCUUAAGGUCGGCGAUAUCAAUAGGGUCGGCAGCAGCAAGAGACCGAGCAGACGGAGCAGCUGCGAGAGUCAGGUGACCAGCGACGAGCUGUCGCUGCGUGAGAUGACGCCGAGCUGCGAGGAGAAGCCGAGGAUGAUGAAGAUGGGGAAGAGGAACAUAAAGGCCCAAGUGAAGAGGUUUCGCAUGGAGACGAAGGCGGCGAAGACGUUGGGCAUCAUCGUCGGCGGCUUCAUCAUGUGCUGGCUCCCGUUCUUCACCAUGUACGUGGUGCGCGCGUUCUGCCCGAACUGCAUCCAUCCAACCGUCUUCAGCGUUCUAUUUUGGCUAGGAUAUUGCAAUUCCGCGAUCAAUCCCUGCAUCUACGCUCUCUUCAGCAAGGACUUCCGCUUCGCCUUCAAGAGAAUCAUCUGCAAGUGCUUCUGCAAGCGGCGCGCCAAUACCCUGCGACGCGGCAGCGACGGCAGCCAAUUGGCAGUGAGGAACGAGCGCAGCCCGAGCUGCUCGAUCCGCGCGCCCCAGCAAGGGAUUUCCAUCGACGACUCGGACUUGGAUCCGGCGUCAGACCCGACGCACUCGCAGAGCGAGUCCAGAUGAUCGUAGCGGCGCGUGCGGGCGGGCGCCCCGUGCGUCGCCUUCAACCCUAGCUCCUCCGAGGCGAGGAUAUUCUCCUUCUGACGGCAACACCGGACGCCGAGUGCACGUCGUCGAGUCCUCGCGUCGUGGCGACGCGCGGGUCAGCCCCGAGGUGCCAACGUUACACCACCCGCUGCUCCGGGAAACGCGCCAGCGAACAUCCCCUCUAACGUAACGCGCGAGAGGUCCAGGUGGACGAGAGAGGUCCAGCUGGCGAGCGUGGACCUCUACGCGUAGACUGAGGCCUCCACCAGAGGCUGUGAAGACCGAUGAAGUCUCUGAUGAGGACAGCCAGUGCCUCAGACGUCCGAUCUUGUGUCUAGCUUGGUUCUUCUUCGAGCGAGUUGGGCGAAGAUAGAAUGCCUGUGUGGACAAUCGAAGGUGAACAUAGCUGUCCUUGUAUCUUGCCUUCGGAUUAUAAGAAGGCACACAGUCUAUGUAAAGAUUUCUGGUGGCGAACGACUUACUCUCAGCUGCCCUGUUAGCCCGUUAUCCGUUAUUUGAAGAAAGUGAGAGCGAGUUACUCGCCGCUCGCGACUCCUCGCUCGGCUCAUCCUCGCAUCGGCUCCGGGCGGUAAGCUCCACGUGAUGGUAGGUCACCCCGCUGAGGAAACACCCACUUCCGCCAGAGAACGCUGGAGUGUGCAGACUUUGCCCCUCGCGCGGAAUCGGAUCUCGGCGGGUGCAGCUUGGGACGCGAUAGGCUUCUCCUCGUGAGGAAGGAAAUCGAGGGAGGAAAUGAGAGAGCGCGACGAGGAAGACGGGAGACGCGGGUCUCUCGUGGCACUUGUUCCUCGCGGGAGGAAUCUUCUUGCACGCGGCGCUUCGCUUCGACUCGCACGUUGACAGAGCUUGCGGAGAAGAGCGGUCUUUCUCGUCCUUUACGAGUGACCACCGCUGUCAUGGCCGCCGUCCGGUGAAAUUGCAGCGAGCCGUCGUCGCUGCACGUUGCUGUUACGGCGUGCACGGCGUGGACCGGCGCGGAGUAAUCGCUCGCUCGCUCGCUCGGCAUCGCCUCGGCGUCGCAUCAUUCGAGCGAUGCACGUGAAGCCCGUAUCAGACUAUGAAUUCUUGGUUCUGAUUGGUUAAAUUUCAAUUCGAUACUCAAUCCCAAUCUGUAGUCUGAUAGUCGGGCUUUAGAGCUCCAGUUAGUGCCCGUCUGACAUCGGACGCUAUUCCGGUAGCUGAUUGUUCGGAUUGCGAGUACGUAAACGAGCCGCUCGUCAAAUUCGGCUCAUCUCUCUCCGGGGAACAACUGGAGCGUCGAAUCCGAAGCCGAGUGCAAGUUCGUAGCGGAAUCUGCCAAACUGACACGUUCGCGGCAAUCCCUCCCGACAAUUUGAUAAUUAAUUAAUAAACCAAUAUUUUAUGCAAUUUCACGGCUCACAGCCUGAAGACGAUUAUUUAUGCUUAUUUAUGCGUAUCCGGAUGAUUACGUUUAUUUAUACAUGAAUUAUGUAUGAAUAAUAAUUAAUUCGGUUUUCUCGUUUAUUUUUAUCUAUAAUUUGAAUGGAUCUACACUCGAGUUUGGAUCCGGCUCUCUUAUUACAGUCGGAUCC